GCUGUGCGGUCCUGAUUGGCCGGCAGGACGGGGUCGCCGGCCCCGCCCCCGCUUCCCUAGCCGCGCUCAGGGUCUCGGGUUUUAGCCCAAGGUGGAGAGCGGGAUUCCGGCGGGAGGCGCUAGGAGCAGGUGCAGAGGCAUCCUUUUUCCGGCUGUUGCUGCUCUUCUUCCUCUAAUCCUGGGUCUCAGUCAAGAAAGGACGAACAUUCUUCCUGUGCUGCUGGAGCUUUAGAGAACUGUUGCUCAGAGCCUAGGCACUUCAGACAUUUCAUCUCACUCGUUUUUGUGAUUUCACUGUAAAAAUCACCUGCACAUUUAUAACCCUGUGACUCUCUUCUGCUCUAUGCUGAGGCCGGGUCCGCGUACUGCGGGGAGCUGUCUAGGGUGCUGAAGCCUCCCAAGCAUUUGUCUACACCAACACCACGCGGGGUUAGAUUGCACAUUUUCAUUCUGUCUUUCUGGUUCCCCAUGCCUUGGAUAAGACUAUUUUCAGGACCGUGAAUAUCUCGCCGUAUCAUGGCCCACGUGAGACACUUUCGGACAUUAGUUUCGGGAUUUUACUUCUGGGAAGCAGCAUUGUUACUCAGUUUGGUUGCCACAAAAGAAACAAAUAGUGCAAGAUCUCGAAGUGCUCCAAUGUCACCUUCUGACUUUCUGGAUAAAUUAAUGGGGAGGACAUCAGGAUAUGAUGCAAGAAUCAGACCCAAUUUUAAAGGCCCUCCGGUUAAUGUCACAUGCAACAUAUUCAUCAACAGCUUUGGCUCUAUUGCAGAGACGACCAUGGAUUACAGAGUGAAUAUCUUUCUUCGUCAAAAAUGGAAUGAUCCCCGCCUUGCAUACAGUGAAUAUCCUGAUGACUCUUUAGACCUCGACCCCUCCAUGUUGGAUUCCAUUUGGAAACCUGAUUUGUUCUUUGCCAAUGAAAAGGGUGCCAACUUUCAUGAAGUCACUACAGACAACAAAUUGCUCAGAAUUUUCAAAAAUGGAAAUGUCCUUUAUUCAAUAAGAUUAACAUUAACACUUUCCUGUCCAAUGGAUCUCAAGAAUUUUCCCAUGGAUGUACAAACAUGUAUAAUGCAACUGGAAAGCUUUGGGUACACAAUGAAUGAUCUCAUUUUUGAAUGGCAAGAUGAGGCACCCGUACAAGUGGCAGAAGGACUCACUUUGCCCCAGUUUCUGUUGAAAGAAGAAAAAGAUUUACGAUACUGCACUAAACAUUACAAUACAGGAAAGUUUACGUGUAUAGAAGUGCGAUUCCAUCUGGAGCGACAAAUGGGAUACUAUCUGAUCCAGAUGUACAUUCCCAGUCUUCUGAUUGUUAUUCUAUCCUGGGUUUCAUUCUGGAUCAACAUGGAUGCAGCCCCAGCCAGGGUAGCUCUGGGAAUAACUACUGUGCUGACGAUGACGACGCAGAGUUCAGGAUCACGGGCUUCCUUGCCAAAGGUCUCAUAUGUCAAAGCUAUUGAUAUUUGGAUGGCAGUGUGCCUCCUUUUUGUGUUUGCAGCACUUCUGGAGUAUGCAGCUGUAAAUUUUGUAUCAAGACAACACAAAGAACUGCUGAGAUUUCGACGAAAGAGAAAGAAUAAGACAGAAGCUUUUGCAUUGGAGAAGUUUUACCGUUUCUCAGAUAUGGAUGAUGAGGUAAGGGAAAGUCGAUUCAGCUUCACAGCCUAUGGAAUGGGACCAUGUCUACAAGCAAAAGAUGGCAUGACUCCAAAGGGCCCCAACCACCCCGUCCAGGUAAUGCCAAAAAGCCCUGAUGAAAUGAGGAAGGUCUUUAUCGACCGGGCCAAGAAGAUUGACACCAUCUCCCGAGCCUGCUUCCCAUUAGCUUUUUUGAUUUUUAAUAUUUUCUACUGGGUUAUCUAUAAAAUUCUUAGGCACGAGGAUAUUCAUCAGCAGCAAGAUUAAGUUUCUGAGGGCAAGCAAGUGGAAAUGGUCAAUUCAGAAGAAAGCGUCUCUGCCAUAGGUGUGUAUGUUGUAUGUGUGUGUGUGGUGUACAAUUGAUGACCCUUGUAUUAAGACGACAUAUGGAAAAGGUUUGUAUUUUGGGUAGCUAUGCAAAGUCAUGAGACAGAUAAGAUUAUUUUAAUAAACAUAAAAUAUUCAUUAGGGGAUUUUAUUUCAUAUUAAUUCCAGAUUAUUUGUUUUUUCACAGUAAACCAUGUAAGUAGAAGCUUUACUGCCAAUGUGUUUAUAUGUUACAUAAUAUCUCAUAAUAAUAGACAUGAAAACUACUUUGAAAUUUCUUAAUUUGUAAUUUAAUGCUAUUUUAUCUUACAAAAGCAAACUUCACACAGUAAACUUUAUGACAGGAAAAGAGGGAAAUUAUAAAGAUAAUAAAAACUAAUAGUUUGAGAUUUAAAACUAUUUUCUUAUAGUAUAGUUACAAAGUAAUCAGUAACAGUGGGAAAUUAACUCAUAUUAAUGGAGGAUUUAUCCAACAUAUGUACAAAUAGUACUUAACCAACGUAUGUAAUUUUGAGAAUUUUCAAAUAAGAGUAUUAAAAGACUUUAAUGGUUUGGAAUACUAAAUUUAAUUGUUUAGAAUAUUAAAUUUUCCUCUGUGCAAAUUGUAAACAAGUAUUAUAAGAGAUCAUGCUACAGUCAUGAUCUACUUUUCUUAAACUUUCUAUCUCUCAGAACGAAGGUGGAAAUACAGAAAACAACUAUGUUUUUAAAUAAGUGUUAUAGCUAUGUAUUUUAAGUUACUGCCAAAUAUUGAACAAUUCAAGCCAGUACCCUUGUUCUGGUUAGAUUUUUAAUAGCUGCUUACCUAGAUGUGAUUGUGUUUAAUAUUUUGAUAUAAUUGAACAGAAUUCAGUGAGAUUUUUAUGUUUUAGUUUAGAAUAUGACUUUAAAAUUCAAUGGGAUUAAAGUAUUUACAUUUUGAUAAAAAUGAAUACAAUGAAAAUGAAAAUGAAUUCAUGAAAGUUUUUUUAAUAAAAACAAUUUUCCCAUCAGUGUGAUAUGGCUCCCAAUUCCUAUCUCCAAAUGUAAGAAGGGAAAGUUUUAAUUUUAAAUGAUAUAAGUAAGUCAUUUCUAUAAAGUGAGGACUGUUUUUCUAUUUCUGAAUUAAUGAUUUCAAAGCCAUUCACAAGAUUCGAAUAAGUUUAAAUGAAAUUUUUAUGUAAAAUUUAUCAAUGACCCUAUGGACUACUUCAACAACAACAGAGCAUUAGUAACUUGUUUUUUGUAGGGUAAUUGGUUGCAAAUAUAUGACAGAGGCCUUGGUAAAUAGAACCAGACUCUUACUCUUUUUCAGUUUUGCUAUUUUUUUUUAACUAUUUUUACCAUCAGUGUAUUUGGGAAAGCUUUGGAAUAAUGCUUUUUAGGUAUUUUCAUUAUUGAUCAGAUGCACAAACUCAAUCUACCAGAUUAUUUGCAGAGAAAACUUUAAACAUUAAGAAAACAAAUAACUCAGAUGUAAGAUAGAAAAGCCAAUUCUUAAACCGGAUGCUAUUUUUUACCCUUCGACCACUCUCAAAUUAAAAGCAAAAACUACCACUUAAAACUAAAAACUUUACAAUGUUAGUGUACAUUAGCUUAUCCAAUUGUAAUUUUUUAAUGACAUUUUAAAACAUAAUAAAUGUUAAGCAGUUUUUUCUAUUAAAAGACCAAGUUCCUUUCCUUAAUAAGUAAUUUAAAACAACACUAUAAGGAAAUAAUACCAUGUUUGGCAUUAUGUGCAGAUGCCACAAGCAAAAGACUUUGUUACUCUGUACAUACCUACGUUGAGGACUGUGUGCCUGGAAGUUAAACACAUGCUUCUUCAUAUGAUGUGUAUUUAACAAAACCAUGGAAACAUAUUUUUGUAUUAAAGAUUAGAGCAAGAUAUGUCAUUUGUAUUCCUUGAGAAUUAGCAGGAAAGUUCGAAGUGUAAAUUACAUCAUCUCGAUGUGUCUCUGAAACACCUGAAUAUGUUUUUCUAUACUUUACACAUCUUAUUUCAAAAGUUUCCCAACAUUGGUUAAGUGAAUUCUGCCAGGAACAAACAGAAAAAUACCUGGAGAGCCCAUCCAACUCUCAGUGACUAUAUUAGGGAAUCAACUAGGCUGCUCCUCUUAUUCUAGAAUAAAUUCUUAUUCUGUUGAUGUAUUCUAAUAACUUUUAUCUUAAUUUGGAAUUAUAAGUGCUUAUAUAUUUAUGUAUCCCUAAGACUUGAAUACAUGUAUUAGAUUAUGAAUACCCUGGAUCUCAUGGAAAGUAAGGGAAAUUUAAAAAAAGAAAGAAAGAAUCCAAAUGUUUAACAGAAGAGAGCAAGCUGUUCUGUUAGUACUCAGUGCAAUUUAAGUAGUUAUAAUAAUUGAAACAAAUUUAGAUGUAUCUUCCAUGCUAUACAUCCCUUUUUCUAAACAUUUUUUAUUCCACUUUUUAAAAUAUGCUUUUCUAUUUCUCUCAAUACAACAUACUUCAACGUGCUGGUUACUUGGGAGUACUGAAUAUGAUAUUGGCAGCUAAUAUCCUUUCAUCUGCAAAGUACACAUUCCAUGAAAUGGACAUGAGAGAAUACGAGAAACCUGCCAAAAUUGAAAUAGAAAUACUUGCAGUAUUUUGUAAAUGGAAAAGAGGGAAACUGAAAACACUGGGAUUCACAGCUGUCCCCUAAAAAUUUAGAACACUCUAAGAUCAAAAUUCUGAGAACAAAAAUGUGUCUAAUGAUCCUGAGACAGAUAUCCUUAACAAUCUUUGAGGUCAUAUCUCCUACUCCAAAAGCAAUUCCACACACUUCGCAACACAGAUAAUAGCAUUAACUCUCAAAAUGUAUCAGUACACACCACCUGUAUUUUUCAUCUAGUUAAUAUUGAAUUACCAAAAAUAGUAAGCCAUUCCAAAUUUAAGACAAUCUGGUGUUCAUUAAUACAAUAUAUUAGAAGACAUAGUGUAUAUGGUCACACAGAUUCCCUCUUGCAAAUAAAAUACUCAUAAUACCCAUUGCAUUUUGUUCCUGUGUAAGAGACAUCUUCCUCAGCAGAUACAUUGGUUUUUAUUUUCUUAUUUGUGUACUACAGUGGUAAAUAGAGCCAUUGCAUUUUUAUUGUUAUGUAAACCUUGCAUGAAUAAAAAAGCAGUGUACACUGUAAAUUGCAUUAAUUUAAUCAACUUUAAAAUUAAACUUUUAUCUCAGCCCCCACUUCUCUUUAAAAACAGACUGAUAUUAAAAUGUGAACUUCCAAAGGGAGACACCUGGUACUCCAAUUACUAAAAAAGUACAGGAUGCAUAUUCUUCCACAACAAAGAUACUUAUAGGCCAUGUGUAAAAUAUAACUCUCUACAAUUGAAAAGUAACUAGGGCAGAGAAAAAUAUCCUGGGGAAGCUUCUCCCAGAUAUGAGGCCAAGAGAUAUAAUCCCAAGUUAGUAGCUAGGACCCACUUACCUGUUUUUUGGGGUUUUUUUUGGUCUACAUUUUACAUCUUAGUAAUGCCUUCAUCUCUUCCUUUUUCCUCUCUUACACACACACACACACACACACACGUUUACAUGUUGGUAAUGAGAUGAAUUCCUUCGAAUUAAAAAUACAAAGGCAGUCAAUUUUCCUGGACAAAGGUCCCUAAUCCUGUGAUAUAUUUUGCAAUAUUAAGUGAUUACUGGUGGAAAAUAUGAACCAUGUGGUCAUUCGAUUUGGCCGUCUCUUAAUUAUGCAACAAUUUUUUGCCUCAAAAACACAUAAACAAAGCUAACUGAAUCAAGUCUUUAACCCUUAACAAGUGAAUUCUAAAACAUUAUUUCCACCGUUUUCAAAGAACAGCAAAAUAAUUGUCAAAAACCUUUUUCAAAUGACAGCUAGUAAAAUUGGAUGACUUUGUAGUGUCUGAAUAGGUAGUUUUGCAGUACUUUUUAGAGUUAACACAUAAACAGGAGAAUUUUAAGGUGAUGGAGUAUUAUUUUUCAAAAGUGAUUCUGAAUUCUGGCUAUGUAUUGGAAUUCCUUACACAUUUUAAAAAUAUAUACAUAUGCUUGGUGUCCAACAUAGAAGAUUACGAUUUAAUCAUGGAGUAAGCAAAUAUUCACUGAGUACCUCACAUGUGCUUGGCACUGUCCCAAGUGCUAAAUUUAGUAUCUUUAGAGUAUGAUAUGAAAUUCUGGAUGACUGAAAAAAUUCCAGAAGUGAGAGAGUUGAUGUGAACUUACACAAGCUUAUUCUCUUAAUAAGGAUCAAUUUUAUACUUUUUAAGUUUUACAAUUAUUUUCUUUCAAGCAAUUCAUUUUAGUUGUCUCUCAUUUAUAUUCUUAGAAUUAAAAAUAGGCCUGGCCCAGUGGCUUACACCUGUAAUCACACUUUGGGAGGCUGAGGUGGUUGAAUCACGUGAGGUCAGGAAUUAGAGACCAGCCUGGCCAACACGGUAAAACCCUGUCUCUACUAAAAAUACAAAAAUUAGCCAGGCAUGGUAGAGGGCACCUGUACUCCCAGCUACUCAAGGAAGGCUGAUGUGAAAGAAUUGCCUGAGCCCAGGAGACAGAGGUCGCACCACUGCACUCCAGACUCGGUGACAAAGUGAAACUCUGUCUCAAAAACAGACAAGCAAAAACAGAAUUUAAAAUUAACCUUAAAUGUGUUUCAGUUCAGCUUUCCUCCCAAUGUCAGCAUCUUCACUGUGGGUAAUAUUAUCCACACUCUGAGCACCCGAAUAGCAACAGGUAGCUCAUUACUCUAAGGGCAGUCUUCUGUUUCAUUGUGACAUUACUCUAGAUAAUAAAAAUGUUCAUCUUCAUCAAGAAAUAACUUUUACUUCCUAAAAUACUAAAUAAGUUUAUUCCCCUCUCAUAAGAAAACCCCUGUGUAUUUUCAUAUUUCUGCCAUCUGUAUUUAAGUUCAAUCAACCCCUUAUCACUCGAUUUAUUCUUAUUUAAGCCACUCAUGAGAGCAUUGUGUUAAUAAUGAGAUAUUUUCAGGCAUAUAAAAUAAUGAAAUAUGAAAUUAGUUAUCUACAUAAAUAGAAAUUGAUGAAAAUUCUAUGUAAAUUAUUUUCAGACUUUUAAUGUCUUCCUGUAACUUAGCAAUAAAUUUAAAUAUUUUUAAAUUUAUAUCAGAUAUCAAGAUAUUAUAUAAAACUCUACAGAGUAAUAUGAAUUUAAAAAAACUAGCAGUCAACUAUAUUAAAUAUAUGAUGUAUUUUUAGAGUAAAGCUACAAUAAAAGUACAAUGAAUUAAGUUGUUUUAUUUUAAUAGCUGCUUUUUCCCUGGGGUGGUUUUAACAAAGGUGUCUUUGGGCAACCUCCGCUCACAUACAUAUUAUCCAGCCUAACUGAUUAAUGGUAGGGAGCUGUGACUUAAAUGCCAGGAAAGGAUUCAGAUGUAAAGUUGUACUUGAAUAUGCUUGAAUAAUUUUGCACUCCUUCACUUUUUUCUCUAUGAAUUAUUCAAUGGUUAUUCCUUAAGUCUGUAUUUUAAUGUAUAAUAAACGAUAAAAUUGGGGGAAAAAUAGAGUGAAGUACCCUGACAUUCUAUGGAUAUAAUACGAUAUGCUAUAAAAAACAAAACAAAAAGAAAAUGUGCCAUAUAUUUUCCAUGUACCAGCUUUCUAUGAUAUACAGUGACUUCGUUAUUAGUGAGCCAAGUUAUUUAAAGGACUACCAAAAAACAUAUUGCUAUUUCAUGGUUUUUAUGGUGUAAAUUAUUUUUCUGUCUUCUUGAGUCUUAUGUCUAAGUCUGUCUUCCUUGUCCAAAUGCUGUCAUAUUUUUCCAGGAAAUUAUACUGAAAAUAUGUUUUAAAAUGUAUGCACGACUUUAUCAACUUGUUUUUCAUUAUAUUAUCUUUAGUUCAAUUUUGCAACUGACAAACUCUCUAUCAGAGUCAUUAACCUGUGAACAGUAUAAAGUAUUUAUCAUGGAACUGUAGAUAAUUUGAUCACAAACAAUAAAAAUGAACACUUUUCAAGAA